UCUUCCCUCUCCCGCACCACACAAACCUCUCCAUCUCUCUCUCUCUCUCCCCCUCCCUCUGGGCACAAAAAUGGAACAAAGUCCACCAUUGAUAGCCAAGAAAGCAUGCAACAUGUUACGUUUAAUUUUCUUGAUGAUACAAAAGGGUAUGUUAAAGAGCAAGGUCAUGCUUGAUCUCCAUUUCUUGAUGAGACGAGGCAAGAUCCUAGGCAAGGCCUUGAACGAUAUCAUGGUCCAACAACACAACACUCUAAGUUGUAUUUCACAUGAUGUUCACAUGUCGUUCAUAUCUCCCAGAGAGUAUGAGUUCAGCUGCAGCGGCAGCCCUGCUUAUAAAUUCUAUAGCUACAAGCAGCCUUAUUACCAAGCCAGGAGGCGAAGUCUCCACAAUCAUUACAAGCACACGCGAUUUCAGGCGCCUUCACACGAUGUUGAUGAUGUGGUAUCAAGUAACGGCGGCGUCGAUGUGGCAGUUGAGGCAUCACCUUCGGUGGGUUCAGCAAGGUGGUUUGGGACGUGGAGCCCAGUGGUUAGACAAGUGAGAAUAACCGACUCGCCGUUCACCAUGAGGGAUGUUGACGAGGAUUGUCACGUGGACACAGAAGCCGAGAAGUUCAUCGAGAUGUUUUACAGGGAGUUAAGGUUGCAGAAGCGGAUGGCUGCUCAUGAUCAAGCAGCAGUUUAGUAUGGAUGACAUGGCACAUGUGGGGCAACUUGUCAGUGAUGUCUAGUUUUGGGCUUAUUUCAGGUGUUAGGGUGAUCAAUAAUUCUCUGUUGAUUACAAAGAGAAGUCAUGAAAGAUGCAGCCUACUUUGCUGAUUGUAUAUGUGGGAUGAGCUUUUGUCUCCUUCCCCUUUUCUUGCUUGCUUGUGCUUUGCAUAAUGUGUAGCCUUUCUUCAUGUGUAUAUUCAUUCUCCAAGUAGCUUUCUUAACUCUCCGUUUGCUGUAUUAUUUGUUAUCUUGUUAAGAUUUAUCUAUUAACGAAAUUUACAUUGCUAGGCA